AUGUUCGCAGAUUCGGAUCGUCUUGUUACACAGUUAUCCAUACCUAUACUAACGUAUCGUAUUAGAAGUCCGAUUAAAAUAUUUUAAAGAGUAAAGACGUCGCUCAUAGGACGGAAGAAAACUAUCGAUUCAGGUGAACCACGCAAUACUGCUAUGAUGGAAGUUCAAAUUCCAUUAACAGACAUCUCGAAAUGUAAAGAAGCGUAUUCCGGUGGAUACAAUGUGAUUGACGACCGAGUUCUAUGCGCUGGAUACCAGGAAGGAGGAAAAGACUCUUGUGGGGAUGAUGCUGGAGGACCUUUAAUGUGGUCAAAAGGUGACCAGUACUAUUUAAUGGGAAUAGUUUCUUAUGGAUUUAUAUCGUGUGGUGAACUAAAUCAACCGGGAGUAUAUACCAAAGUCACGUCAUUCGUUGACUGGAUCGUAGAGAAAAUAAACAAUAAUUUUAACAUGAGGAAAGAACAAUGUUUUAUUUUCGUGACCCUCAUGAUCGGAUUGAUAACGACUCUGCCCUGUAACGAUUCAACUGUACCAGUAGGUAAAAUAAAGUUAACCGCUUCAAAUUUAGAGUUUGCAUCAACAAAACCAAAGGAUAAAAUUACUAUAAAAGAAAAGAGUAACGUUACGUCAUCUAAAUUGACAGCACAAGUCACAUGUGGCAAAAGAAUGGCCCCAAAUUUUCGGAUACUUGGUGGAAGUGAAUCACAAUUAGGUGCUUGGCCAUGGAUGGUAGCCCUAGGAUACAAAAAUUCACAAAAAAAAAAUGAUUCUAUUGAAUGGCAUUGUGGUGGUACAUUAAUUUCCAAUAAACACAUCUUAACUGCCUCCACAUGUGUGGCCAACACUGGGCUAAACAUAUUGACUGUGGCACGCUUAGGUGAGUUGGAUUUGGAUCCCAUGGUCGAUGACGGGGCAUUACCAUUAGAUGUUCCGAUCAAACGUAUUAUAAACCACGAGGGGUACGAUUCAAAAAAAAUCAUCAAUAACCUUGCAAUACUGGUAUUGAAAAAUAGUAUUACUUUUAAUGAAUUGAUCCAACCGAUUUGCUUACCAACAUUACUGGAUAUGAACAAUGUGGAAAAAUCAAAAAAUAUACCAUUUGUUAUCGGCUGGGGAAGUAUCAAUGCUGUACCUCAAAAAAAUGAGAAGAAUUCAACGUCCUUGAUGGAAGUUCAAAUUCCUAUAUCGAAUAUAACAGAAUGUAAACAGAUAUAUUCAAAUUAUAAAAGCGUGAUCGAUGACAGGGUGUUAUGUGCUGGAUAUCCAGAAGGAGGAAAAGACUCUUGUCGGGGUGAUUCCGGAGGUCCUUUAAUGUGGUCAAAGAGAAAUCAAUUUUAUUUGAUUGGCGUUGUUUCUUAUGGUUUUCACGAAUGUGGUGAUCCAGGUCAUCCGGGCGUGUACACCAAAGUAACUUCCUAUAUGGAUUGGAUUUUAAAUAGAAUAAACAACUAAUGCAAUCUUGUUAUUUUAAUAUUAGCAGUCAUUUGCAAUAGAGCUAAAUGAUAUUUUAUUCUGUUAUUUGAUUAAUGGAAACAAUAACUGUAUUUAUGUAUUUUAUUUAAUACUAAAUUAUUUGUUUACCCAUAGUAGGUAUGUUAAUACCUAAUUAGUUAUUACCUAUAAACUUUCAUAAUUCUUAUUUCAUUGCCCAAAUAUGUCUUGAUUAGUAUAAUGAGUAAUAAAGUACAUUAAAUUGUCAAAUUCCAUAAAAAUAAAACAUUCACAUCGGAUUGUUGUAUCUUUUACAGUUACAAAUAUCUUCAUUUGUCGUAACUAUGAAAACAUGUGUUUUUAUACAUAAUAUUUUUAAUUAAAAUAAUUAAAUUGUAUACAAUUUAAA